GACCCUGUUAAAGUUGGAGACUUUAGACGAUGCUGUUGUACUUGACGAGGGCUCUAGUGACCACUUAAAUGACAAGCAUGGAUGUCCCGCCUAUGUCAGCCCAGAAAUACUGACCACUAUCGGGAGUUACUCUGGUAGGGCAGCAGAUUGCUGGAGCCUGGGUGUUAUGCUGUACACCUUGCUUGUUGGACGAUAUCCUUUUCACGACAUCGAUCACAGCGCUCUCUUUGGGAAGAUUUGCCGAGGCAAGUUCAACAUUCCCGACAUGGUGUCUUCUCGAGCCAAGUGUCUCAUCCGAAGUCUGCUGAGAAAGGAUCCAGCAGAACGAUUAGCCAUCGACGACGUCCUUCGCCAUCCGUGGUUCCGACUAGUAUCGCGAGAUGGCGUUAGUUGCAUAGACUCUCAGCUUCACACCUCCAACGAUGAAGACCCCAGGACAGCGGAUCAAACUGUCCCGGAUGUAGCUGAACCAGCAGGAAAUAUUUCUUCCUUCAUAUAA